AUGGUUUCGUACAUUGAUAUACAUUUAUCUGAGGAAGAUUUAUACAAGCAUACUGAAGAAUUAGAUUUAAAUUGUGAUCAGUGCCACCGAGGCUUUAAAAAUAUCAAUGCUUUGCGAAUGCAUAAAGUAAAAACACAUAAUCAGGUUUCUACGGAGUCCGAUUUCCGGUUGCGUUAUCGACGCCAGAACCCGCAGAAAGAAGUAAAUAAAAGGUAUUUUUGCCCAGUUGAUGGGUGCUCACAUGGCAAAGAUUAUUUUAUGUCACUGAAACUUCUGAAGCAGCACUAUAUGAAAGUUCAUGUGAAGAAAAAUUUAAGCUGUAAGAAAUGUGGCGUUGCGAAGUUUAGUUUGAAGAGGGAUUUGAAGUACCACCAGAAACGCUGGUGUCCUCAAAGGGAAUUCUCUGAAGUUCAGCAGGCAAAAAAUUCGAUAAUUGAGAAGGGUACAUCUAAGAAGAACCAGAGUACAAAGACACAGGAGACAUCUAAUGUUCAUCAGCAUCGGAAAAGGCCCGAAAGCAGAGUAAAUGUGAAGAAAAUCCUUGUCAUUACAUUACCAGCUGGUUGUAGAUCAGCACAGUUCGUCCCAAUCUUUCCUCGCAAGUCUUUAAGAAGUGUGUCGUGUCAAACUGCUCCUGAAGUCAGUCUUGGUACCGUCCCUGAAACUGAUAUUUACAAAGAAGUUCACUCUCGGACGUAUUUCAGCAAAGAUGUUGCAACAAAUGUUGCCGCAUAUGAUCUGUGUCCCCCACAGCAAGGUUUUUUGCCGCCAGUCGACUCAUUGUCAUUUCAGUCUGAACAGACACCUAGACGAAAUGAGUACUACCAUCCAAAUGCUUGUUCUUUCGCUACACAAACUCCUAUGAAUUCGACGCCGGACACACAGCUUCUGAACUGCAGUGUUUCUCAAAGUGAUUGCGCUGUCCAGUCUAAUUUGUCAGAAGUCCCUGAAACUAGGCAUGUAGAGACUGAUAUGGACGAUUUUGAUUUUGAAGAGUUCUUGCGAAAUAUUGAGACACAAACGUCUGAAUCUUUUGGAAAUGAUGCGCUUACUCAAACCGUUAACAGUUUUAUGGACUGUGGAAUAAUGACGGAUGGUCCAUUCCAGUCAUGGAAUGACACAAUGACAGAAUGA